CGACGCCCGCCUCCACACCAAGCUGCUCAUCGGGGUACAUAUAGAGCAUACACAACUGCACCAAACAUAUCGGAGGUACGCGUGUAUCGGCGGACAUGGUGCAAAGGACAAAAACGGAGGGCCCCUCGCAGGCCGAGCAACUGCUGCGAGUCACCUCAGGCAUCGCUGCUGAACUCAUCAAAGCACACGAUGCGGGCACCACUGUCUCUCUCAACGAACUCCGCGCGAAGAUGAGCAAAAAGUAUGGCUUUGGCGGCGUUCCGCGUCUAGUCGAUAUCAUCAGUGCAAUUCCGGAUGAUUACAAGAAAGCCUUGUUGCCAAAGUUGAAAGCGCGUCCGAUCCGGACAGCCAGUGGGAUCGCAGUAGUAGCGGUAAUGUGCAAGCCCCAUCGGUGUCCGCACAUCGCCAUGACUGGAAACAUCUGUGUGUAUUGUCCAGGAGGGCCCGACUCGGACUUUGACUACAGCACCCAGAGCUAUACUGGAUACGAGCCGACCAGUAUGCGAGCUAUCAGAGCGCGGUACGAUCCGUAUGAGCAGACACGAGGUCGAGUAGAGCAACUCAAAAGCCUCGGGCAUAACGUCGACAAGGUCGAAUUUAUUGUCAUGGGAGGCACGUUCAUGAGCAUGCCAGAAGAAUAUAGGAAUACCUUUAUCGCCCAGCUUCAUAAUGCCCUAUCCGGCUAUACCGGUCUCGACGUUGACGAGGCAGUACGGUACUCCGAAUUGAGCAAAUCCAAGGCGAUCGGCAUCACAAUAGAAACGCGGCCAGAUUACUGCCUGCGGCCACAUCUCAGUCAGAUGCUGCGAUAUGGCUGUACUCGCCUGGAAAUUGGCGUUCAGUCUGUCUACGAAGACGUCGCGCGUGAUACCAACCGCGGCCACACCGUGCGCGCUGUGACCGAAUCGUUUCACUUGGCGAAGGACGCAGGGUUCAAGGUCGUCGCACACAUGAUGCCGGACUUGCCCAAUGUCGGCGUCGAACGUGAUCUCGAGCAAUUCAAGGAGUACUUCGAGAACCCUGCAUUCCGCAGCGACGGCCUCAAAAUUUACCCCACCCUCGUCAUCCGCGGAACUGGCCUGUACGAGCUCUGGCGCACCGGACGGUACAAGAACUACACGCCCAAUGUGCUCGUAGACGUGGUGGCCCGCAUUCUGGCGCUCGUGCCACCAUGGACACGGGUGUACCGAGUGCAAAGGGACAUCCCGCUUCCGCUUGUCACGAGCGGGUGCGAGAACUCCGGGAACCUGCGCGAGCUCGCGCUGAACCGCAUGAAGGACUUCGGCGCGGAGUGCCGAGAUGUGCGCUUCCGCGAAGUGGGCAUCCACGAGAUCCACCACAAGGUCCGCCCGGAGUCCGUCGAGCUCCUCCGGCGGGAUUACGCCGCGAACGGCGGCUGGGAGACGUUCCUGUCGUACGAGGACCCGGAGCGGGAUAUUCUAAUCGGACUGCUCCGGCUGAGGAAGUGUUCGGAGGAGGGCACGUUCCGGCCGGAGCUGGUACGACGGGAGGAGGGUGGAUGUAGCAUCGUGCGGGAGCUGCAUGUGUAUGGAACUGCGGUCCCCGUUCAUGGCCGGGACCCGACCAAGUUCCAGCAUCAGGGUUUCGGUACCCUGCUGAUGGAGGAGGCCGAGAGGAUUGCCCGGGAGGAGCAUGGUAGCGUGAAGCUGGCCGUCAUUUCUGGCGUUGGCACUCGAGACUAUUACCGCAGGCUCGGAUACGAAUUGGAUGGGCCGUACAUGAGCAAGUCGCUGUUGUAGAGUAUACAUCGAUCCCUGUAGUAUUACAUGUCCGUCUCCGUAGUGUAUCAGUCCGCGAACACAAUGUACCCCUAGCAAUCAGUCUGCCCCGUCCUGGUCCCCGUCUCCGUCCCCCAGCACGAACGUCUGGAAGUUCGGGAACACGAGCUCCUCCUCGACCGUCUUGCGCACCACGUCCUGGAUAAAACGCUCCACGCGCGUGACGUUCUUCAGAACGUGCUUGUCCGCCUGCCCGAUCUCGCUCUCGAUGUAUAUCGUCGGCAACAACCGCUGCCCGAUGGGCAGCGGCUUCCCCGGUCGCGCACUCCCGAGCGCCUCCUCGUCCGUCUCCGUCGGGGUACCCCCCGAGGACGGCGUGUCGCGUUUCGGGCGCUCGCCGCCCAGCGGGCCAUACGGGUCGAGCUCGUCGACGAUGCACAGGUGCACGCGUUUUCGCUCCCCCUCGUACGCGACGACGACCUCCCCGUUGAAGAGCAGGCCCGUGACGGAGAGCUUGAUGGGCAGGGACAUGAACAUGGGGGACGGGUAGUUGAUGAGUAGGGAUGUUGUGAGGGUGAUGCGCAGGUUCGAGUGCCAGGUGAUGUGCGCGUGCAACUGUAGGUUAGGGUGCUGAGGAGGUGGUGGGGGCGGCGGCGCGGAUUCCUGUGGCGGGGAGGGGGACGGGGAAGGGGAUGGAGAGUCGGACACGCCGGCCUGUGAACCAGCGUCCGCUAUACGCUGCGACUCGCGCCGCGCCGCUAUCGAGGCUGGAGGUGCUGCGGACAUCGCAGACAUGGCGGACAGGUACAGUGAGGGCGAGGGGUACGACGGGCGGAGGUCCGCGAGGCUCGUGAGCGUAGGGCUCCAGAUAUCCCUCGGCGAGCGCAGGAACGGCGUCGAGUGCAGCAUGUCCAUCCCGCCCAUCCCGGGACCUAUCCCGUAGCGCAUGUGCGGAGGGAGGAGGUGAUACGCGGGCCCGUCCUCGACGCCCUUCCCGCGCACGGCCUUGCGCGAGACCCACUCGAAGUCGUCGUCCGAGAGCUCCGCGGCCGCGGCGCGCGCGCGGCCGUCCUCGUCCCCCUCGUCGUCGUCGUCGUCAUCGGCUUCAAGAAAGUCACGGUAGAUGUCGCGCAUGUCGACGAGCUCGACGUCGGGCGCGCUCGAGCCGAAGUCGAAGGAGGUGACCUCUAUGGGCCCGAUGAAGGACGGGCGGGAGGUGCUGGCGAGCUGCCGGUUGAUGAGGUCGACGAGCGUCGCUGCGAGCGACGAGUCCAGUCUGCUCCAUUCGAGGUCUAUGGACAUUGCAUGUGCAGAGGUUUUGUGUAUACAGCAGUGCUCAGAUUCAGA